CCUCCUGGGCUGAGGAAGACGGGCGGGGUAGGUUGUGCCCGCCGCUCUCGGGCUCUGGUUGCCGUGUCUUUGCAGCAGCCUCUGGGCGGGUAGAGAGGGAGAGGGAGGGGGAAGAGGGAAAAGGAGCCGGAGCUGGGCACUCUGCGGGCGGGCGGGCAAGGCGCUGGCCGCUCCAUGCAGGGAGGGGCGCAGCCGGGCAGGCCAGGGCUGGGGGGCUGCGGCGGGCGCCGAGGGCAGCCAAGGAGGACCUGCCCGGCUGGCUGCCCCAUGCCAUGCCCUACCUCACCCAGGCGAGGCGGCGGGCGAGGAAGGAUGCGCCGCCGGCCACUGCAGUUUGCUGCCCAGCCCUCUCUCUUGCAGCCCAUGCCCUGAAGCAGAAAGUUUGGGGACCGGGGUCUCCCAUCCUCCUUCCCCUCCGAUGACUUUGCCCAAGGACUUCUGCUGCCCAGCCCUGCCUGUGACCUGGCAUCUGGUACCCAGAUCAGAAUGAACUGCUCCAGACAGUAACCAAGGUUUCCUACUCCUUCAGCAUCCCCUUCUUUUUUCUUAAAAUUUCAAUUUCCCAUCUUUUGUUUGUCAAAACUCACUGUCCCCUUUCUGGGUGGGGAGGAGGGAGAACAGUUUUCCCUUAAGAAGACAGUGCUGGAAGGGACCGAUCCCUAAACCGACCCAUAUUCACCAUGAAGAGGUGCAAAUCUGACGAACUGCAGCAACAGCGGGAGGAGGAUGGAGCCGGGCUGGAAGAUGCAACUUGCCACCUGCCCAGCUCGGACCUGAAACCUGGGGAGGUCAUGAGUUCAAAUCCUACUGUGACUCCAGCGACUCCAGAUGUAGGUGCUACCAUGGCGCCCAACCCUGGCCCUCGCAGCAAGCCUCCGGAUUUAAAGAAAAUCCAGCAGCUCUCGGAGGGCUCCAUGUUCGGCCACGGCCUGAAGCAUCUGUUCCACAGUCGAAGGCGGUCCCGGGAACGGGAGCAGCAGCAGCAGCAGCAGACAUCUCAGGACUCCCAGCAGCCGCCGCAGCCGCCGCAGCCGUCGCAGCAGCACGGCAUGUCAGACCAUGACUCCCCGGACGAGAAAGAGCGCUCCCCAGAGAUGCACCGGGUCUCCUACGCCAUGUCCCUGCACGACCUGCCUGCUCGGCCCACUGCCUUCAACCGGGUGCUGCAACAGAUCCGCUCCCGCCCCUCCAUUAAGAGGGGGGCCAGCCUGCACAGCAGCGGCGGGGGCGGCGGCGGGGGCAGCGGCAGCAGCCGCAGAACCAAGAGCAGCUCUCUGGAGCCCCAGCGGGGCAGCCCUCACCUGCUGCGCAAGGCCCCCCAGGACAGCAGCCUGACGGCCAUCUUGCACCAACACCAGUGUCGACCCCGGUCUUCUUCCACCACUGACACUGCCCUGCUGUUGGCAGAGGGCGGCAAUGCCUAUUUUUUGGCCGAGGAGUCCGAGGGUCUCUCGGAUAAGGCAGACAAGAGUGACCUCGUUGCACUUCCCGGUGGCCCUGGCCAUGGCGACUCAGAUGGCCCCAUCAGCCUGGAUGUCCCUGAAGGGACCCCAGAUCCCCACCGGACCAAGGCCGCCAUUGAACACCUGCACCAGAAGAUUCUCAAAAUCACAGAGCAGAUUAAGAUUGAGCAGGAGGCCCGGGAUGACAACGUGGCCGAGUACUUGAAGCUGGCCAACAAUGCGGACAAGCAGCAGGUGUCACGUAUCAAACAGGUGUUUGAGAAGAAGAACCAGAAGUCAGCCCAGACCAUCGCCCAGCUGCACAAGAAGCUAGAGCAUUACCACCGGAGACUGAAAGAGAUUGAACAGAAUGGGCCCUCUCGGCAGCCCAAAGAUGUCCUGAGGGACAUGCAGCAGGGGCUGAAGGACGUGGGUGCCAACAUGCGGGCGGGCAUCAGUGGCUUCGGGGGUGGUGUGGUAGAGGGCGUCAAGGGGAGCCUCUCAGGGCUCUCCCAGGUGACCCACACAGCCGUGGUGUCCAAGCCCCGGGAGUUCGCAAGCCUCAUCCGUAAUAAAUUUGGCAGUGCGGACAAUAUCGCCCACCUGAAGGACCCGCUUGAGGAUGGCCACCCAGAGGAGGCAGCCAGGGCUCUAAGUGGCAGUGCCACGCUGGUAUCCAGUCCCAAGUAUGGGAGUGACGACGAGUGUUCCAGUGCAAGUGCCAGCUCUGCCGGGGCAGGCAGUAACUCUGGGGCAGGGGCCGGUGGGGGACUAGGGAGCCCCAAGUCCAACACUCUGUAUAGUCACCCCAACAACCUAGAUACCCUUCUGGAAGAGCUGCGAGAGAUCAAGGAGGGGCAAUCACACCUGGAGGACUCCAUGGAAGACUUGAAGACUCAGCUCCAGCGAGACUAUACUUACAUGACACAGUGCCUACAGGAGGAACGCUACAGGUAUGAGCGCCUAGAAGAGCAGUUGAAUGACCUGACGGAACUGCACCAAAACGAGAUGACCAAUUUGAAGCAGGAGUUGGCCAGCAUGGAAGAGAAAGUGGCCUACCAGUCCUAUGAGAGGGCCCGAGACAUCCAGGAGGCGGUGGAGUCCUGCCUGACCAGAGUCACCAAGCUGGAGCUCCAGCAGCAGCAGCAACAGGUGGUCCAGCUGGAGGGUGUAGAGAACGCCAAUGCCCGAGCCCUGCUGGGCAAGUUCAUCAAUGUGAUCUUGGCACUGAUGGCCGUGCUCUUAGUGUUCGUCUCCACCAUAGCCAACUUCAUCACGCCUCUCAUGAAGACCCGGCUCCGCAUUGCCAGCACUGCCCUCCUCGUCCUUGUCCUCUUCCUCCUCUGGAAACACUGGGACUCCCUGAGCUACCUCCUGGAGCAUGUGGUACUGCCCAGCUGAGCUCCCAGGCAGCUUCCAUUCCCUAGAGGGGAGACCCAGAUACCUGGCCUACCUUGGAUUUCUUCCUGUGUUUGGUUCAGGCUCUCACCUCAGAUUCCCGCACUCUGUUGCCCCCCUCGUCUUCCCUUUGUUUCUUUCAUAGCCAAUAAUGUUUCUUCCUUCCCUUAGGGAAAGCCGUCCCAGGGUAUAUUGGAAGCUGACGGCUUCCCUCCCUCAGCAGGGAUGUGGGGACUGUACAGAGUGAGGAAGAAAAGCAGGGAUUGUAUUUAUGCGAUUAUUUAAAAGACUUCAGAGACCUUCUUCCUGCUGGCCUAGAGAUGGCCCCAAGAGCCCCAAAGGCUACUGAGAGAAGGAGGGAGAGAGUGGGGAGGUCUCUGCUCUGAGUCCCUUGAGAGAAAACUCUCACAGAGACCUCUCUCCAUUUGAGCUCAGGACAAAGAUGGGCAAGCUGACCAAACGGGAGACAGGAAAUGGGAGACCCCUGAGGUUUUAGGAGAAGCCACUGGAGAGAAGAGGUCUUUGAAGGGGCAGGAAGUGUUCCCCGUACCCUCAGAUGUCUGCGGGGUAAAAGGGGACCCAGGGGAGCUGGUUCCCAAGCCUGGCUCAGCAAAGCUGAAGCCUGGGAUGCACAGGGUCCAGACUGGAGGAUGAGAGCCCUGGGUCUUGGGAAUUGUGAGUCCAUUUCUUGCUGUCAUUGACUUGUCAUUUUCAGGGAAAUGGAGCCCCCUUUCCCCGGAUCCUAAGCCUCAGGUCUCAGGCACUUGUAAGCGCUGUUGAUUUAUUUAUUUAUUUAUUGAUGACUACAUCUCUUCUUCCCAUCUGGAAUUCCAAGGAGGCCCACUACCCCCCCCCCUCAAUUUUUUUUCUUCUUGUCUUCUUUCCCUGAAACCAGGGUUUUACCUUGGGGAUUCCCAUCGGGGUGGUACUAGCACCUCAGAACAAUUUACUUUCUGAACCACUGAGUCCAGAGUGGGAUCCACGUUAUCAAACCCCCUUUACCUUGUGGGAGCAGUACUCCAGCUGGGACAGGACUCAAGCCUUGGCCUCCAUUUUUUAUGUCUAUUUAUUUGUACACGUGUGUGUAUGCGAGUGUGUGUGUUUGGGGUUGUUGGUUGUUUUUUUUUUUAAGUCACUGAAGUGUUGUGUGUGGUUGCUGUUCACAGUCUCCGCCUUCCCAUUGGCACUUCCAGAGAAAAGGGGGUUUCUGGGAGAAGGAGGAAUGGAAUCCCCAGGGGUUUGGGUGAUCCCUGCCCACUUUGGAACUUGACUGGGGAUCUCAAAAGAAAUAAAGAUCCUCCCUGAAUUCUCAAACUCA